AUGGAGCACAUAGUGGUGUACGGCAUCCUAGGUUUGACAUCCCUUGGCUGGAUCAUCAUGCUGGCCGGGAUCGGAUCCGUGCAGGCCAAUUGUGGCAGAGACGCUCUCGACCGGGGAGCCGAUGCCGGGUACCUUGGCCCGGCAGAAUGCAACACGAUUUUCGGCUACACAUGGUGGAUAGUGUGGCUGCAGCUGGCGGUAUUGCUGGGCAUCACCUUCUCGAUUGUCAAGGGUGUCGAGCGCUGGAGGGCGCCUGCCUUGGGCUACUUGGCGAUCGCCUCGGUCCUGACGAUGGACACUGCCAACACGUACAUCUACUUCAACAGCACGCCCGUGAACAACCACAGCGCAGCUCGGGCCACUGCAGCGGGUGCAGUCAUAUGUUCCAUCGGCAAUUUGGCACUCAUGACGUGUGUGGGCCUGCUGGAGGAGAAGGAGAUCAUCGGCCCCAAGCCCAUGGCGGUGCCAAAGUCCUCCAUCCCUUCUGCAGUGAUUUGA